UAGAUCUUUUUUAAGGCGAACGAAGCGCGCCAAAAAUCUAUUUAUUAGCAAAUUUAAAAAUUUAGUUUUAUAACUGAAAAUAAAUAAUAGUGCUGCUGCCACCGUCGUCGCCGCCACUGUUCGUCUCAGCCUAUUGCAAACAGAAAAAACCGCGUCGUUUUUGCUACAAAGGUUGUUCGGUCGCUCGGUCGCCGCGUUGUUGGAAAAUCGAUUGAGAUUGUAUAUUCCACUGCAAUCUGCACACAUUUUGUGUAUAUUAGAUUUAUAUUGUUAUUGUAUUUUUUGUUUCUGUUUUUCUUGUUGCUCACAGUGCGAAAUAACAAAUUGGCCAUAGUUGCCGCCGUCGCGACCGCAUAGUAACAAAUAAAAUCGCACGACUUGUCGACAAGCGGUUGCCGGGAGUGCAUAGAAAAUCAAGCAAAAAGAAGACCACAAAAUUGGCAAAAACAUAACAACAAACACACGGCCAAAUAUACAUACAUAUAUAUUAGCCUAUAAUAAGCGCCAACAUUAAUGAUUUUUUUCAUUGUUAUCUCAAACAAAAUAUAAACAACACAAUAGCAUAGAAACAUUGAAAAUUUCUAGUACUACAAUAUAAACUAAACAAAUAGCUGCCGCCGCAAGGGACGCGCACCAUCUUCCUCAGCCUGCUAUCCGCUGAAAGUACUUACAGCUCUCUGCUAGCAGCUGGCGGCAGUUACGUGGCGUCGUCCUAGUGCGGUCAAAGGAGCACAAUAAGAAAAAAGAAAAAACAUCAAUAACUCCAGCAACGAUUCGACCACUCCUACAACACGCCACUUCCUUAUUGGCAACAGCAAGUGGCUCUGCUCUAUUGAUGUCAUUUGUUGAACGAACGACCCUUAGGACAUUCAUGUUUUCCGAAAGCAUGAAAUGACUAAUCAACUAACGAUACUCGUUUUGGUUUCCCAUGCAAGCGAACUGAAAACGGCAAGAACCAAGGGCACCAUUUGUUGUGCUCACAAGAGCUGAGCAGUAAUUGAAGUCAAGAAUAACAAAAAUAGCAACAACCACACAAACAAACAAAAUAAGUGUUUAAACUCUUUCGCUGGUCUGGAGAUCUAAGAAACCGACAAGAGUAUAGAAGAAAAAGACUUACUCCCAUUAGGCACGCUUCGCAAUCAGCCGUUUCUGCUGCUGCUGCUGCUGCCUUUGAUUUAUGCGUCAUCUUUCUUAUUUAACUUUUAACUUACGCGUACGAAGACCGGACAAAGAAAACUUUAAUGAAAACAUAUAUAUGUUUUGCUUUAUAUAAAUAAUUGCAAACCGGGCACAUAUAGUUGCACACACACACAGAAUACAAACCUAUUUACGAACUUCCGUUGGGAUUUGACGCACACCCGCAACCUUAGGAAAAGAACGAAAGAAAGAAAAACUCAAAAGUCAGAGACGAACAACAAGAAAGCUACAAAGAAACAAAGCGUGCAUAAAACGAAAUCGAAGAGGGAAGUGGGAGACGCCUGUAUCCAUCACAUCAUCGCACGCCCGCCCAAACCCACUUCCACAUAAAGCACAAAGAGUAAUAAUAAUAUAAAAAUAAUAAGCGACGAAAUAAUAACGAAAGUUCAACAUUUACUUAAGAACAAAUAAAUAAGGCAAGCUAGCAAGAAGCUAGAAAUAAUAAUAAAACAACAGCAGCGCCCGAAAAUUGCCGAUUUCGAUUCGAUUCUAAUCGAGCCAGCUCUAUAAAUCACAUCACAUCCAUAACGGAACCCAAAUCUACAUUCACACCCGGAGUUCAUGAUGCUGAACUCAACUGCAAAACAUCUGCUACACUGCACGCUGUUGUUCACUGUGAUAGUAACCUUCGAAGUAUUCUCCGGCGGUAUUAAAAUCGAUGAGAACUCAUUCACCAUCGUCGAUCCAUGGACUGAGUAUGGCCAGUUGGCCACAGUUUUAUUGUACUUACUCCGAUUUCUCACACUGCUGACGCUGCCGCAGGUACUCUUCAACUUCUGCGGGCUCGUCUUCUAUAAUGCCUUCCCCGAGAAGGUUGUCCUCAAGGGCAGUCCUCUAUUGGCGCCCUUCAUUUGCAUACGCGUGGUCACACGCGGUGAUUUCCCCGACCUAGUGAAGACGAAUGUUCUGCGCAAUAUGAACACCUGCCUGGACACUGGUCUCGAGAAUUUCCUCGUUGAAGUUGUUACCGAUAAGGCCGUACAUUUGGCCCAACAUCGGCGCAUACGCGAAAUUGUUGUGCCCAAGGAGUACAAGACACGGACAGGGGCACUCUUCAAGUCGCGGGCAUUGCAGUAUUGCCUCGAAGAUUCGGUGAAUGUGCUCAACGACAGCGAUUGGAUUGUGCACUUGGAUGAGGAGACGCUGUUGACUGAGAACUCGGUUCGCGGCAUUAUCAAUUUCGUCCUUGAUGGCAAACAUCCCUUCGGCCAGGGCCUGAUCACGUAUGCCAACGAGAAUGUGGUCAACUGGUUGACCACUCUGGCAGAUAGCUUUCGCGUUUCGGAUGACAUGGGCAAGCUGCGUCUGCAGUUCAAACUCUUCCACAAGCCCCUCUUCAGCUGGAAGGGCAGUUAUGUUGUCACACAGGUGGGCGCUGAACGUUCGGUGUCGUUUGACAAUGGCAUUGAUGGCUCUGUAGCCGAAGAUUGUUUCUUUGCGAUGCGGGCCUUCUCCCAGGGAUACACUUUCAAUUUCAUCGAGGGAGAAAUGUAUGAGAAAUCGCCGUUCACGCUGCUCGACUUCCUGCAACAGCGCAAGCGUUGGCUCCAAGGCAUCCUGCUGGUAGUCCACUCCAAGAUGAUUCCGUUCAAGCACAAGCUCCUGCUUGGCAUUAGUGUUUACUCAUGGGUGACCAUGCCGCUAUCCACAUCGAACAUUAUCUUUGCCGGCCUCUAUCCGAUACCGUGCCCCAAUCUGGUGGACUUCAUAUGCGCCUUUAUAGCUGCCAUCAACAUUUAUAUGUAUGUAUUCGGUGUCAUCAAAUCUUUCUCGCUAUAUCGCUUCGGACUGCUCAAAUUUUUGGCGUGCGUGCUGGGCGCUGUGUGCACGAUACCCGUCAAUGUGGUUAUCGAGAAUGUGGCGGUCAUUUGGGGACUUGUCGGCAAGAAGCACAAGUUCUAUGUGGUGCAGAAGGAUAUGCGUGCUCUGGAGACGGUGUAGAGUGUUUGAUCUUGAUUAAUGAACAUAGCAUAGAAUUAGUUAAUCCAAAACAAAUACCAUGAUAAAAACCGUAUUUCCAACAUUCAAUUAAAUCAAAAGUAGACCAAAAGAUUUAACAGCAACAAAUACUAGAAAUAGAACUAGAAACCGCACAAGUACGAUCCGACGCAGGCGUAAGCUGGAAAGAGAAACUAACGUUGCUUGGCACCGGAAUCAUCUGAAGCUAUGAACGUCAACGUCCAUCGUAGUCAUCUGAUAUAAUUUGUUUGUAAAAUAUAUAUAGAAAUAGUCUGCACUCUCACGCCCCACCAUCUAAGAAUUGUUUUUAGUCCGCACUUAAAACCUCAUAUCAAAUCACUCUCACACUCUAUGCAUACACACAUACAUACAUAACUCACUCACUUCGCAUUCACCUCGCAAGAUACUAAGCCACAUACUACAUAUUUAGAAUCAUCAUUCAUAUUCGUAUUCAUAUUCAUAUCCAUGAUAGUAGUUAUUAUAAUCAAAAAAAAUCAAAAAAUUGCCAAACUGUAAAACACAAUAUCAGAACAAAUGCACACAUGUAUACGUGUAUAUACAGCAUAUGUACAUACAUAGUAGAUAGAUAUGUAUGUACCAGUACUAUGUAUGUAUGAAUGUAUAUGCAUCAAUGUGUUAUACACUCAAUAACUAUAUACAAUCUAUAUAGUUGUCUGUUUGUAAACUCACGCACACGCACAUGCAACCACACAAGUUAGAUAACAACAACAAAAAACAAUAAUAUAAAGAAAGCAAAAGCUAAAACCGAGAGGAGUACUUGUAACACACAAAAAAUGUUAAGGUAAAAAAAAUCUACAAAACUCUCAAAUAAGUGUAAUUUUUUUCAUAGUCUAUAGUUAUAUUUAUGUAUGUACUAUAUUAUGUAUAAUUAUUAUUCGUUUAUAUGAAUAUGUACAUUAAUGUAUUGUAAAUUACAUUUUGUUAAUAUCAUUCACACCAAAAAAAACAAAAACCGAAAAUGAAAUGCUAAAACUAUAAACACUGGCUUAAAGCUGUGGUUCAACAGACAACAAUUUCGCGUCCAAUAAACUGUUGCUUCAAAUAUAUAGCAUUUCGAAAGAAAGGCUAAGAUUUAAAAAUUGAA